AUGGGUAACGCGGCCAUGUGUAAGGUGUGUGGCUCGGACAAGGGCCUGAUGACCGCCGGGAGCCAGUCUAACUUGGACCAGAAUGCUUUUCCAGACUACUACUGUUUGGAGCAUUUUCCUGUGCAGCCUUCACUGAUGCUGUCUGACAGUAACACCAGUUUCCUGCGAGCGGCGAGAGCAGGGAACGUUGACAAGGUUUUGGAAUAUCUGAAAGGGGGAGUGGACAUCAGCACCUGCAAUCAGAAUGGUCUUAAUGCACUGCACCUGGCAGCCAAGGAGGGCCAUGUGGAUCUGGUCCAGGAGCUGUUGGAGAGAGGUGCGGGAGUGGAUUCAGCCACAAAGAAAGGAAACACAGCACUUCACAUAUCCUCUCUAGCUGGUCAGAUUGAAGUAGUGAAGAUCCUGGUCAAACGAGAAGCUGACAUCAAUGCACAAUCUCAGAAUGGAUUCACUCCUCUGUACAUGGCUGCCCAGGAGAACCACAUGGAUGUGGUGCGAUACCUGCUUGAGAAUGGAGGCAACCAGAGCACUGCUACUGAGGAUGGCUUCACCCCUCUGGCCAUUGCCCUCCAGCAGGGCCACAACCAGGUGGUUUCUGUCCUACUGGAAAAUGAUACGAAAGGCAAGGUUCGCCUGCCUGCAUUGCACAUUGCUGCCCGCAAGGACGACACCAAGUCAGCCGCCCUGCUCCUCCAGAACGACCACAAUGCUGAUGUCCAGUCGAAGAUGAUGGUCAAUAGGACUACUGAGAAUGGCAAGAGUGGAUUCACCCCCCUGCAUAUCGCUGCCCACUAUGGCAACGUCAAUGUGGCCACACUCCUCCUAAACCGAGGGGCAGCAGUUGACUUCACAGCAAGGAAUGGGAUUAUUCCUCUACAUGUGGCGUCCAAGCGUGGCAACACUAACAUGGUUGGCCUGUUACUGGACCGUGGCUCUCAGAUUGACGCUAAAACAAGGGAUGGUCUGACUCCCCUACACUGUGCGGCCCGGAGUGGACAUGAUACAGCUGUGGAGCUGCUGCUGGAGAAAGGAGCACCGUUGUUGGCCAGGACCAAGAAUGGGCUGUCUCCUCUUCACAUGGCGGCACAAGGUGACCAUGUAGAAUGUGUCAAACACCUUCUGCAGCACAAGGCUCCUGUUGACGAUGUCACGUUGGACUACCUGACAGCAUUACAUGUGGCAGCUCACUGCGGUCACUACAGAGUCACCAAACUGCUGUUGGACAAGAGGGCCAACCCCAACGCCAGGGCACUGAACGGCUUCACUCCGCUGCACAUAGCCUGUAAGAAGAACCGAGUGAAAGUGAUGGAGCUGCUGGUCAAAUAUGGUGCCUCAAUUCAGGCCAUUACAGAGUCUGGUUUGACUCCGAUCCACGUGGCAGCCUUCAUGGGUCACCUGAACAUCGUCCUGCUGUUGCUGCAAAACGGAGCGUCGCCCGACGUCAGCAAUAUUCGUGGGGAAACAGCGUUACACAUGGCAGCCAGGGCAGGUCAGGUGGAGGUGGUCAGAUGUCUGCUGAGGAACGGAGCAAUUGUGGACGCCAGGGCACGGGAGGACCAGACUCCCCUCCACAUUGCGUCCCGUCUGGGAAAAACAGAGAUUGUGCAGCUGCUGCUGCAACACAUGGCCAAUCCUGAUGCUGCUACAACCAACGGAUACACCCCCCUCCACAUCUCCUCCAGGGAGGGACAGGUGGAGACAGCCUCUGUCCUGCUGGAGGCCGGAGCUUCACACUCACUGGCCACCAAGAAAGGUUUUACUCCCCUGCAUGUGGCCGCCAAGUAUGGAAGCCUAGAUGUGGCUAAACUUCUGUUGCAGCGUUGCGCUCCUCCUGAUUUAGCUGGGAAGAAUGGCCUCACCCCGCUCCACGUCGCAGCACAUUACGAUAACCAGAAGGUGGCGCUCCUGCUUUUGGACAAAGGAGCGUCUCCCCAAACCAUGGCCAAGAAUGGCUACACUCCUCUCCACAUCGCGGCUAAGAAGAACCAGAUUGAAAUCGCCACAGUGCUGCUGCAGUACGGCGCCGAGCCCAACAUCCUGACCAAGCAGUGGGUCACUGCGCUACAUCUGGCCUGCCAGGAGGGCCACACAGACAUGGCCGCCCUGCUCAUAAGCAAGGGAUCCGAGGUCAAUGUCCAAACUAAGAGCGGCCUGUCUGCCCUUCAUCUGGCAGCCCAGGAGGACAGACUGGCUGUUGCUGAGCUCCUAGACAAAAAUGGAGCCUGCCAAGACCUACAGACCAAAUUGGGAUACACCGCCAUAAUUAUAGCAUGUCACUAUGGUAACGCCAAGAUGGUCGACGUCCUGCUUAAGUGUGGAGCCAGUGUCUACGACAAGACUAAGAAUGGAUACACUCCCCUUCACCAGGCAGCCCAACAAGGAAACACACACAUAAUUAACUUACUGCUGCAAUGUGGUGCCGAGCCCAACGCUAUCACUGUGAAUGGUAACACUGCCCUGGGAAUUGCUCGGAGACUGGGCUACAUCUCUGUGGUGGAUACGCUGAAGGUCGUCACGGAGGAGAUCAUUACAACCACAACGACGGUGACAGAGAAACACAAGCUGAACGUACCAGAGACCAUGACUGAAGUGCUGGAUGUCUCAGAUGAAGAGGCAUUGAAAUCCAUUGAUGAUGAUGAUGUUAUGUCAGACGACCCCAUGGAUAUGGAAGGUGAUGACACAAUGACAGGUGACGGAGGGGAGUAUCUGAGGGCCGAGGACCUCAGGGAGCUGGGAGAUGACUCCCUGCCAGGACAGUAUAUGGAUGGAAUGAACUACCUACGCUUCAGCCUGGAGGGUGGACGCACUGACAGUCGAAUGCAAAGUUCUGACAGGUCCUUCACACCCACUCACCACAGCUACUACUCCCCUAAACAUGAAGGCAUAAUGGAUGAGAUGCUAACCAGUCACCAGGUUGUGUCACUUGCCAGGGAGAAUGACAGGGAUUCAUAUCGUCUGAGUUGGGGCACAGAGAACCUGGACAAUGUGGUUCUAUCCUCCAGCCCCAUUCACUCUGGCCAUUCCUCCCCGUGCCAUGAUCAUGGAGACCACUGCAGCUUCCUGGUCAGUUUCAUGGUGGAUGCCAGGGGCGGAGCCAUGCGUGGUUGCCGGCACAAUGGCCUACGCAUCAUCAUCCCGCCCAGGAAGUGCAGCGCGCCCACACGGGUGACGUGCCGGCUGGUGAAGAGGCACCGUCUGGCCACCAUGCCCCCAAUGGUUGAGGGUGAUGGCCUGGCCAGCAGGAUCAUUGAGGUGGGGCCCUCUGGAGCCCAGUUCCUUGGUAAACUCCACCUCCCCCAUGCCCCUCCACCUCUAAAUGAGGGAGAGAGUUUGGUUAGCAGAAUCCUCCAGCUUGGCCCACCAGGGACAAAAUUCCUCGGUCCUGUGAUUGUGGAGAUCCCCCACUUUGCUGCCCUGCGGGGGAAAGAGAGGGAGCUGGUGAUUUUGAGGAGUGAGACUGGAGAGAGCUGGAAGGAGCAUCACUGUGAACACACCCAAGAAGAACUCAACCAGAUACUCAACGGCAUGGACGAGGAGCUGGACACAUCAGAGGAACUGGACAGGAAGCGCCUUUGCCGUAUCAUCACUAGAGAUUUCCCACAAUACUUUGCGGUGGUGUCGCGCAUCAAGCAAGAUAGUAAUCUGAUUGGUCCUGAAGGAGGAAUCCUCAGCAGCACUGUUGUGCCACAAGUACAGGCAGUUUUUCCUGAGGGGGCCCUUACCAAGAGGAUAAGGGUCGGACUGCAGGCUCAGCCAGUGAAUGUAGAUGUAGUGAAGAAGAUCCUGGGGAACAAGGCCACCUUCAGCCCCAUCGUCACAUUGGAGCCUCGCAGGAGAAAAUUCCAUAAACCUAUCACCAUGACCAUCCCUGUCCCCAAGAGCAACUCUGACCUGGUCCUCAAUGGCUUUGGAGGGGACACACCCACCUUACGACUGCUCUGCAGUAUCACCGGUGGAACAACGCCUGCUCAAUGGGAGGACAUAACAGGAACCACUCCGCUAACGUUUAUCAAUGACUGUGUCUCCUUCACCACCAAUGUGUCUGCAAGAUUCUGGCUGAUAGACUGUCGGCAAGUCUUGGAAUCUGUCAAUUUCUCCACUCAGGUGUACCGAGAGAUCAUUUGUGUACCUUACAUGGCCAAAUUUGUCAUCUUUGCCAAGACCCACGAUCCCAUUGAGGCCCGACUGCGGUGCUUUUGCAUGACAGACGACAAGAUUGACAAAACCCUGGAGCAGCAGGAGAACUUCACAGAGGUGGCCCGCAGUCGAGAUGUUGAGGUCCUGGAAGGCAAACCUAUCUAUGCAGACUGCUUUGGAAACCUUGUUCCACUCACCAAAAGUGGCCAGCACCAUCUCUUCAGCUUCUUUGCCUUUAAGGAGAACAGACUAGCACUCUUCAUCAAAAUCAGAGACAACACUCAGGAGCCGUGUGGCCGUCUGUCCUUCAUGAAAGAACCCAGGAACUACAGGUCACUUGCCCAAAAUGCCAUAUGCAACCUCAACAUCACCCUCCCAUCAUAUUGCAAGGAGUCCGAUUCAGACCAAGAGCAAGAGGAAGAGACCAGCAGAACGCUAGAGAAAUAUGAAGAGACGCCGACAUCAGCCCUGAAAUCAGAGCUGAUUCGAGAACCAGACCUCCUAUCCGACGUGUCAGAGAUGAAACAAGAUUUGAUCAAAAUGACUGCCAUCUUGACUGCAGACUCCACAGAGAAAUCCCCUUCCUUAGGAAGGUGUGGUCUAGAGAAAGGGACUGAGGAUGUUUCUGGAGAGCCAUUAGAAAUAAUGGAGAAGGACUUAGAGAAAGUCAAAGAGGACCUAGAGAAAGUCAGUGAGAUACUGAGGAGUGGAACAUAUGAGGGUGAGGCCGCAGAGGAGGCAGCAAAAGCAGCUAGAAUGGCCGAAGAGUGGGUUCUCCUCUCAGACAGUGAGAUAAAGGAGGCCAAAAAGAUGGCAGCCUUAGAAACUCAAGAGCCUGUCUUACGUGAAAGUAGAGCCAACAGAGGGGCUCCCAGACCCAAAGCAAUAAAAAACAGUGGUGACCUUAAAGAAUACCUCCUGGAUACACCAGUAACCUCCAAAAUAAAAGUAAAAAAAGAGCCAGCCGUCCAAGAAAAAUUCACUGAUGUUGUACUACGCAAAAGUGCGAAACCAACUAAUCCAACCAAAGGGCAAGACAAAACAGCUGCUGGGGAUGUUAAAAAGCCAGUCAGGAGGAAGGGGAAAGACCAGGGGCAGGCAGAGGAAUCUACAGAGGCAGGUGCUCUUCUAAGUGUGCCUAUAGCCCCUGCCCCAGCAUCACCAAUAUCCCCAGUAAUUGAAGAAACACCCAUUGGGUCAAUAAAGGACAAAGUCAAAGCCUUACAACAGAAAGUAGAGGCAGAGCAAAAGGGCAAAAGGGUCACUGGAAGCAAGACUUCACAAUUGCCUGUCAUGGGCAAACCCUCUCUAAAAGCCAAAGAAAGCCCUAAAUUAAAAAAGGGCCCCCCUAAAUCCUCCAAAACUGAAUCUGAAAAACUUGAGGAGACAAUGUCAGUAAAAGAGCUGAUGCAAGCAUUCCAAACAGGGCAGGAUCCCUCAAAGAGAAAGUCUGGGCUUUUCGAGCUCAAAACAUCCACUAUGUCAAGAUCGGAGAAAACCACAAAAUCAGAAACCAUCCAGUCAAAAUCCAUGACCAAAGCAAUAAGUUCACGUGUCUCUCAAGAACGAGAAGUAUCUUUGGAUUCCAAACCUCACAAGAAAAAGACCCCUCAGCAAGACAGAGAGAUACAAUUGUCAGUUGCUACCACUCAUUCAGAUCUAACUGAAAUUAUAGACUUUGGAAAUGGUGGCCUUGAUGAUAGCUCUGACAGCUCAAAACAUGAGGGUGUGGCAGACUCACUAAGUGCUAGUUCUGGAGAUGGAACCCCUCAUCUGAGCUCUGAGGACAGUUACAAACACGAGGGUCUUGCCACUCCAGACACAAGCCCAGAGAGUCUGUGUCUUUCUCCCAAAACUGGACAGCAGACCUCUACAACUUCGGCAGCAACUGCCACAACUGUCAAAAAAGAAAGUAAAGACACAGAGAAGUCUGGUGUAGGGACCACUGGUGACCAACUGUCUACAGAAUUGACUCUACCCGUUUCUUCCAGCAAGGCUGCAGAUGAUCACACUACAAGUGAGUCUACAUCUGUUAGGAGGAGCGAGUCUAAGCCAUCUAAACCUGAAAAGCUGACAAAGACUGUAGAAACUUUUCUUAGUGAUGACGAGAGCCCUGAUCGUCAACUAUCAUUGUCUUUAGUUGGUUCUCCAGCAUCUAGAUCCUCUUCUCAGCGUCAUGCAAGCUUAGAGCUGCCUUUAAAACAAGACUCAGAUGCUCUCAGUCCAUUAGCUGAUGACUCUUUAACAAUAAGCCACAGAGACUCUCUAGAUGGCAGUCCUCUCAUGGAAGAAAACUCCUCCCAUAAGUCCCCAGAUUCCAUUGAACCUAGCCCAACCAAUGAAUCACCCCCUCAUGACUCCUUAGAGAGCAGCCCUGUUGAGAAAAAAAGCUACCCAUCCUUCCCAUCAACUCUAGGUCCACCUAGUAACUCCUCUAGGCAUCCAGAGCCCUCCAAAGCUACAGACUUCCCCCAAGAUGCUUUGCGUGGUAGGCUGCUUCGAGACCAUGAGGCUAGUGCUGAUGAUGACAGUUGUGAGCAGACAUCUCAGAUGACAAGUUCUGGUAAGAGUCCUCUCUCCCCUGAUACUCCUAGUUCUGAAGAGGUAAGUUAUGAGGUAAACCCCAAACCCCCUGAACAUACAUUCCUCUCUAUUCCAUCCAAACCGGCUGUCAUCCCUGAAGACCAAGAAGAAGAGGAUACUUCAGACAGCUAUGAAGCUAAGAGAAAAAUCACUCCAGAGGAUGAGAUGUUUAAGAUGGCAGCCAAAAUAAAAACAUUUGAUGAAAUGGAACAAGACGCGAGGAGCAAAAUGAACUCUAGAAAAGAUUGGUUUUCCUCAGCAUGUGCCAAAAUAGGGGAUGACAGCUAUGAAACAAUAGAGUCCACAACAGGUUUGCAUGAUGAAUCCCACAACAAAGAGGUCAGGAGCACAAGAACAGCCACUGUCAAUUCAGAGGGACCUCAUUCUGUCUCAGACCAGCAUCAUUCAAAACCCAAACUUGAAACUGCACAGGAAGAAAGAGUCCCACCAUCUGUAAAAGCUGAUGAAGACAAUACUGCCAAAAAGGCUACUGGAACACUCGGUGUUGAAAACAGAACUGAUGAGCAAAAGGAGGAGUGCUUAAGGAAGUCAAGAGACAACAGAGAAGAUGAUAAGGAUGAGCAAGAGUUAAGUGUUAGCAGCCUACAGACUGGUAUGCUAAAACAAGGUAAAAAUGUAACAGAUGAAGUGAAAGGAGAUCAAAAGGAACAUACAACAGCACCAGAGGCUGGACUUAGUGCCACUGUUGCUACGGGUCAAACAAUGGAAAUGUUCAAACCGGAGGUCUGUAUAUAUGAUGACACAGAGGAGGAUGAUGAUGACGCACUGGAACCUCCCAGAACUGAGUCAAAAGGUGUCACUGCAAGGGUAGACACUGACUCAUGGUCUGCCAUGCGGGAGGAUGAUGCCACUUUUGCAGCUCGCGUCAAAGAGGAGGAACAGAAGAUACUGAACCUGGUGGUUGACCGUCAGUCUCUGCAAGCGACUCCAGACUCAACACCUGGUAGGACACCAACAGAAGAGAGCACUCCAACCAGUGAGCCUAACCCUUUUCUAUUCCAAGAAGGAAAGCUCUUUGAGAUGACCCGAAGUGGUGCUAUUGACAUGACAAAGAGGAGCUAUGAAGAAGAAGGGGGUGGCUUUGCCUUUUUCCAGAUAGGUGAACAUCCUUUAGAUGAGCCUCUCUUAGAUGAGGCCAAGCAAGACAGUAGAUCAGCAGCAGAACCUGAAGUUGGCCUCAAUCUAACACUAGAGGUUAAGACUGAAGAGACUGAGAAAUCAAAAGAAGCAACUGAUUCUCAGCUUCAGUCCCCACCUGAAGGUGAUCAGCCAGCCUCUAAAGCUGAUGCCUCCAAAUCUAAAAUCCCUAAAAUGGGCAUUUCCGCUUCAGCCAAAACUACAAAGAAAGAUCAGAAAUCCCCUGAAGGUCUAGAGACUAAACCAGAAACAAAUGUGAAUGAAGGAUGCUUAGAUUUAGACAACAAGUCCCCUGACCAAAUGAUAACAACUGUACAGACAGCAGAAACCACAGUCACUAGAUCAGUUUACUCUGAGCAGGGCCAAGAGUCCUCUGAUUCAUCUCCAGAAGAACCACAUUCAGUGAUAGAAGCGCCCAAAUCAACAGGCAAGUCCAAACAAAGUGCUACCGCUAGUGUUAAAAAGACACAAGCUAAAUCUGCUCCACAAGGUCGGGGUAAAUCUUCAAUUCCCUCUCCAUCUUAUGCAACCUCCUCUUCAACCACUCUUAAUAAAGAGGCCUCCUCCAUUUCUGAACCUAAAUCUAGAAUUCCCAUCAAAGCUAGCACUCCCAAGCCUAAUUCUACUGUCAAACGUUUUGAAGACAAGAAGCUUAAGGUCCCUGUAAAAAAGGAUUCAAGGAGAAAAUCUGAGACAGACGCAGGUCCCUCUGUGGAUAUCACAACCAAGAAACCAUCUUCCAAAGCCAAGAGCUUCUGUGAGGAGGAGUCUACCAGACCAUCUGCUCAAAAAGAACAAGGUCGCCUAAUGAGUGCUGAGUCAGCAAAAUCUAAAGGUUUCCAGUCCAGAUUGCCAGUCCGAGGCAAAAGUGGUCAGUCAUCUCAUUCAUCAACACCCACUAAAGAGAAAAGCGAGCCACAUAAACAGUCCAUUGAGUUCUUUGAAGAGAUAAGCGAGGAAGCAGCAAAACUUGUGGCAAGGUUGGCACAGGCAGAGACAGAGAAAGAACAAGAGGCCGCCAACUCAGAUGAUGAGAGCAGUCUCAUUGAUCCAUCAAUCAUAGAAAGAGAAACUUUCCCUGAGAUGCAGUUCCCUCCCUCAGGAGACGUCUUUCCCAUUAGACCACUGUGGGACGACCCUGUUGAGACACAGAUGCAGCGAUUCCCAGAUGAUAAAGUCCAAAGUCAAGUAGAUCCACAGGAUGAAGCAGAGAGAAAAGAGCAACGGUUGGCCAUUAUAGCCGACCACUUGGGCUUCAGCUGGACGGAGUUGGCACGAGAUCUGGACUUCAGUGAGGAGAGGAUCAACUUGAUAAGGAUUGAAAACCCCAACUCACUGCAAGAUCAAAGCCAUGCCCUUUUGAGACUCUGGGCAGAAAGGGAGGGAACGCAUUCCACAGAAACAACACUGAUCAAAAGACUGACUAAGAUCAACCGAAUGGACAUUGUGCACCUCAUUGAAACCAAGAUAAUCAAGUCCACUAAGGAGGAGACAUCAUCACAUACCUAUGCAGAAAUAGAGCGGACCAUAGCAUUGGAUCAUAGUGAAGGUUUCUCUGCCCUUCAUGAAGACAUUGACAGCCCCAGACCGGGCAGGCGUACAGAGGCCACACGUAGGAGUCCAGCCUCGGGACAAGAGGUACCAAUGGUGUCAGCAGAGGACCUGUCCUCCAGUUUGUCAUCACUUCACGAGACAAUGGGACGACCAGACACAGAUUCCACAGCAACAGGCCUUCUAAGAAAUGCCCAGAAAGAGAAACUACAAAAAGAGAUGGAGACAACAUACUCAUCACAAAGAAUAUAUGAGGAAUUGACAGACACGGCACACACAGGCAGUUUUAAACAAGCAGAUAACCUACCAGAUAUCCCGCCACAGACCAUCACAGAGGAGAAAUACACAGAUGAUCAUGGCAACAUGGUAGUUAAAAAAAUCACACGGAAGGUGAUUCGUAAAUACGUGUCACCAGAUGGCAUGGAGACACAGGAAGUGACCAUUGAGGGCUCUCAACAGGAGACAGUGCAGAUUGAGGAGGGCGACAUUGUCUCCAGAGUGGUGAAGAGAACAGUGCUCCACAGUGAGGGAGAUCAAAAAGAGUUGACCUUUUCAGAGCCCCUGGCCGUGGCCGUGGCCGCUGCCACAGCGUCGGAGUUUGAGGUGGAGCCAGUGCAAGGUCGAAAGGUCAGCAAGGUUGUCAAGACGACGGUGGUGAGAGGCGAGAGGAUGGAGAAGCAAACGGGAGACUCCUCACUGGCUGCAAAUCUCCCCUCAGCCAGAAAGGACUUUGAGAAGGCAUUGAGUUAUGCUGGAGGCUUUGGGAAAGUGCUCUUGCCUCAUGUAGUAGAGAAAGAGAUCGUGCAGGACGACGGUUCUGUGGUUAAAAGAAGCCAGAUGUGUAAGUCGAGAACCCAGAAGAGGACUGUGGUGAGGGAUGCCCAGGGGAAGCACGUGCACCUGGAGCGCCUGGACGACAACCUAGACGCCCUGCAGCCCGACGCACUGCAGCAGCACCUGCACCGACUGCUCCAACGCUACUGUGAGGAUGACCAAGAGAAGGAGGAGGAAGAGGAAGAGGAGGAGAGCUUUUACUGAGCAGCUGCUUCCACUGAUCUUCACCCUACAUCUUCCACUGAAGCCUCAGAUCACGAUGUUCCAGAUCCCCUUCUUGUUGUCCUCUCCGAUCACUGGAAUAAAGCUUUCCUUUCUACUUUUUGUUAAAUAAUGGAACAGUAUUUCGUGCUUUAACACUCUUCUUUCCCUCACAUCGUGUUUCAUUUGCUCUUUUUGUGACCAAAGAUGGCACCCUUCAUUUUUUGUUGGAUAAUGAUUUUUGAUUUUACCUUUUGGCUGCUGUGGUGUGAUUACGGUACAACGCACCAAAGGUGGAUCAAAGUCAAAGUGGGCAUCUUGGACAUUUCGCCUCAAGCACAGCUCUCUUCUUGAAGAACUAUUGUAAACAUAUGUACAUAAAGGAGAUGAAAAAAAAAUCAUGCUUUGGACUGGGGGGUGGGGUGUUGGGUGGGGUGGAGUCAGAACAUUUCAAAGCAUUUAAUACAUUAGCCCACCAAAACCUGCUGUACAUGCACCGAUUCAGCUGGAGAAUGGCCACCGUACAGAUGAGAUUAAUGUUACAUAGAGAAUAAAUUUGGGAGGUGUGAAUGUGUGUAUCACCGUGGACUCUUUAUACAGCCAAACAUCACCCCGCUGAUCGGUUUACAAAAGGCUGUGUGAUCACACCUUUUGUCUUUCCAUCAUGCAUCUGACCUUUUUUGUUUAUGUGUCUGUCUUUCUUUCUAAUGUGUGUUGUGCGUUCACAUUUUAUCCGUCACAGAGCUGCCACUUCUGUGUGUCUGUGUGUGUGUGUGUGUGUGUGUAUAUAUAUAUAUAUAUAUAUAUAUAUAUAUAUAUAUAUAUAUAUAUACAGUGUGUCUAUUGAGAAAGAAAGUAGUGAUGAGGAAUGUUUUGAUGUAGAUCGAGCACUUCCCCCCCGCUUUCCUUGUAGACCCUGUCGUCUUCACGUGCUGCUUUUCGUCACAUCAUACUGCAGCUCAUAUAUCUGUCCUCUAUCAAGCCUUUUAAAGGACAAGGCUGGCUAUUAUUUUUCUUUUUGUCAGCAAAUCUCAUGUGCAGACCCACCAAAAAUAUGUUUAGUAGUCUGUUUGUAUCAACGCCUGAUAUUCCUCUGUGUAAUAGAGCUCCAUUGUUAUCCAAAAACAUGUAAAUGAGUCACACUGUUCCACUAGGUGACAUGAUCCUUGUUGUUUAGUUUAGUUAGUGGACAUGUUUGAACUUAAAGGUGCACUCCACCUGUUUAUAUGUUUAUAUAUAUAUAUAUAAAUUGUCAACUCUGAGAUUGUAACCCUGAUGAUGUCAUAAUGUCUAAAUUUGAGCUUGGAGACUACACAUUUUUAAAUGACAACUGGAGUUUUCAUAAUUAACUGUUGUAAUCCUGCAUCGAGGCUCAGAUCGCGGGAAUAGGGAGUCAUUUAUUAAGACAUUUUAGCUUGUCGGUUGCCGGUUGUCACCAAUUAACAUACUUUAAUUGUCUGUCGGGUAGAGUCUAUGUUUUGAUGCCGCUAAAAAUAGUCCCCAACAAAUGCCCUAUUACUUCCAGACAGUGAGGUGUUUUAGGAAGUUACUCAGGCUUUUUAAUAAUGAAACUUGUGAGACAUUUUUAAAGAUUUACAUCUUCAAUGGGUUUCGGACUGAGAGCCACAGACAGGAAGUCAGAGAGUUGAUGCUUUAGGUCUUUUCAUGGGGUAUGUUGACAAUAACAAAAAAUAUGAAAUAACACCAUACCUGUUCUUUAUGUUACGUGUGGUGUCUAAAAACGUAGAGAUGCUUUUUUCUUUAAUUGCUAUUGUUGAUUUGACUUUUUCUUGUUAUCACUGCUAUCAAAGGAUUGACACAUCAAUUUAAAAUCUAAGCAAAGUCCGACUUUCACUGACUUCAGUCAUCAUACGUCGUUAUUUAUUUAUUGCCGUCCACUUGGAAUCCAUGUAUGCUACAGCAGUUGAAGCUGAGAGUGGUGUGUGUUUGGGUGUGUGUUUGGGUGUGUGUUUGAAUGUUUUCCGAAGCUAAAAGUAAAGACAAAUGACAAUUUGUUUUGCCAUCAUAGACAAACAGCAUUUGAUUUGAAAGCUGGUUGAAUUGUGUACAGGCUGAUAAAGUGUGUUUGGUGUUCAUCUACAGUUGAGACUUUAUCUAUGUAACAAUACGAUCCUCAUGUGCGUUACUUUGUGUGUGACCUGAUGGAAGAAUAAAAGAAAUGUCAAAAAAAGAGA